AGAAGAGGGAUCCGGAGGGGCAGAGGAGGAGACGCAGGGCAGGAAGGAGGAGGAGAGAGGACCGCACUCGCGCGGCAGCAUCCACAGGCCAGAGGGGACGGUGCUUCCUCCGCCGCUCCUCGGAUGGUGACGGGGCUCCACCGAGGCCGCAGCCCCCCCGAGCCCCGGCUCCGUAGGCCCGCAGCGCCGGAGCCCCGCAGGAAUCAUGCCCAGGUCCUUCCUGGUUAAGAAGGUCAAACUUGACACAUUCUCUUCGGCAGACCUCGACAGCUCCUACGGGCGGGCCCGCAGCGAUCUCGGAGUGCGACUGCACGAUAAAGGAUACCUCAGCGACUACGUGGGGCCAGCGUCGGUAUACGAUGGCGACGCGGAGGCGGCCUUGCUCAAAGGGCCGUCCCCGGAGCCCAUGUAUGCUGCGGCUGUGCGGGGUGAGCUGGGACCGGCGGCCUCGGGCUCGGCGCCGCCGCCCACCCCUCGCCCGGAGCUGGCCACAGCCGCCGGCGGCUACAUCAACGGCGACGCGGCAGUCAGCGAGGGCUACGCGGCCGACGCCUUCUUCAUCACCGACGGGCGCUCGCGCCGUAAGGCUGCCAACGCCAGUGCUGCCGCUGCGUCCUCCACGGCCUCAGCAGCUGCCCCCGACGACAACGACGCUGGAGGCGGGGGCGGGCCGGGCACGCGAGGCUCGGGAUCCGGGGGCCGGGGCGGCACGCGCGCGGGGGCGGGCACCGAGGCGCGUGCGGGAUCCGGGGCCGCGGGUUCUGGUGGCCGACACGCGUGUGGCGAGUGCGGCAAGACAUACGCCACGUCGUCGAACCUGAGCCGCCACAAGCAGACGCACCGCAGCUUGGACAGCCAGCUGGCGCGGCGCUGCCCGACGUGUGGCAAGGUGUAUGUGUCCAUGCCGGCCAUGGCCAUGCACCUGCUCACGCACGACCUGCGCCACAAGUGCGGCGUUUGCGGCAAGGCCUUCUCGCGGCCUUGGCUGCUGCAGGGCCACAUGCGCUCUCACACCGGCGAGAAACCCUUCGGCUGCGCGCAUUGCGGCAAGGCUUUCGCCGACCGCUCCAAUCUGCGCGCGCACAUGCAGACGCACUCAGCCUUCAAGCACUUUCAGUGCAAGCGCUGCAAGAAGAGCUUCGCUCUCAAGUCUUAUCUCAACAAGCACUACGAGUCGGCCUGCUUCAAGGGCGGCGCCGGCGGUCCGGCGGCCCCCGCUCCGCCUCAGCUCAGCCCUGUUCAGGCCUAGGGCGGCGGGGCCUCCGCCCGCCAGGUCGGCUCUCAGCAAUACGGGCCCCCAGGGAAGUCUCCGCUGGCGUCCGGGCGGAGGGGCUGGAGGGCGGGCCCCUCCUCACAGCAAUAGGGGGAGGGAGCCCGCCCCGUCCCGCUCCGCCGGGGGGCCUUGCCAGCCCCUUCAAGCAAUAGGGUCCCGAGGGGAGACCCACCCCGAAAACCCCUCCCCUCUCCUCCAGGGUGCCCCAGGCUUUCUCCCAGCAAUAGGGUCGACCCGACCCAGAACCGAACCUCAUCUUUUAGUUGAGUCUCUGAAGACAGGGGUGAGGUGAGGUAAGGAGCGCCCUCCUCCCUCCUCUGUGCCCCUGGAUCGCGUUGCAAGAGACUCAGGUCUUCCCUACCCCUUCCUAAGCCUUCCAGGCCGGGUCUUCAGCCCAGACGUCCAGGGAGUCCCUCCCGGGCCGGAGGCCAGGAAAGGAGUAGGAGAGGGGACGGGCCGCUGAAGCGUCCUGUCCCACAGGCUUCGCGGAACUCCCGGGAGUGUUAGACGCUUUGGGGAUCGGGGAGGGGGACGGACGGCGGCACCCUCUCCCUCGGGUUCUUUCUGGGGCCUCAGUCCGAGCCGCCCUCCUACCCUCGCCUCGCAUCCUCUGCCAAAUCCGAAUUCUUCCAGCCCAGCUUCCCGGGCUCUGUCCUCCAUAACGAAUAAUAAUGACGCAUAUCGAAUCGCAUGGACUUAUCCGACCUACUCAGACCCCCUCCCGCCCUGCCCCGGGGCCCCCUCCCUCGUACCCCGGGCUUUCGGUGUUGGAGGACGACGGAUACCCGGGCCCGGCAGGCUGGCGUGCCACUUCCCUCCACACACCUCUGUAUUCGCUUUGCGGGUAAAGCCCCCUGGGGGGGGGUUGCGGACGCGUCGGGUUCCUUUCUUUCUGUAUUUAUACGUUUUAUUUAUGAACGGAUUGCACUCGGGUCAGAGAGGGGCGCCGAACCCUCCAUCCUUCCCGCCGACGCCGGGGUUUGGGAUGUCAAGGAUCACUUCCUCCGCCCCUGGGCCCCGCCCCCAGCUGGAGGACAGCCCCUCCCCCGAGGUCCCGCCCCCACUCGGUUGCCAACUUUUGCCCGUCUAUGCCAAAGCCUCGGCGGCGACCCCGCCCCAAGGGCCCGCCCCAUUGGCCGCCGCCUUUGUGACGUCACUCACUGCAUGCAGCCCCACCCCUUCUCCCAACCCUUCCCGGGGCUGCCCGCUCCCCUUCCUCUUAGUUAGUCCAAUGCCGACUAUAGAGCAAUAAUGCGCACUGCAUGCGAAGCUGCCGCAGCCUCUAGAGUUACUGAGAAUCAGGUAUCCCCCCGCCCUACCCACCCCAUAGGCCCCUAGAUCAGGGAUGCUGCGCGGGGCCGGCCGCGCAGAUUUUCUUUUCCCCUCCCCCCCUCACCCUACGGCAGAGCCCGGCGGGCGUCUUGGUUCCUGGGGCGGGGGUGGAGUGGUUGCACCCAAGACCUCUCCGUCAGUCGCCCAUCACUCACCAAUUAUUGGGCAUCUACUAUGUGCCAGGCCUGCUGCUGAGUACUCCAGAGACGCGGCGACCAUUGGGGAGGUGCGUGUCCGCGACUGGAGUCCAGCAGGCUUGGGUGGGCCAGCAAGGGGCGCAGAUGCAGAACGCCGGGACUCUGUACCCAGAUGGCCCCUCCUCCCCAUCUCAGUCCAGUUCCGUGCUGGGCGCAAUUGAGCUCUGCCUUUGACUUGGGCCUUGCAUUUCCAGCCCAGGCGGGACAGAUCCAGGGUUUCAGGACCCAUUUCUAUCAGGGCCGCCCUCACAGGCACCCAGUCCUUUGAUUCCCUGACAAAUGCAGUUCUGCUGUGUUCAGCCAAAGUGCAACAGGCUGGAGUAUAUGAUGUGACCAGCCUCCUCCCCAGCACUAAGCUUGGCUGCCUCCCAGGGCGGACCCGCGGGCUCAGCGUAGCAGUGCUCACUACCAACCACCCCCACCACCAGGAGUGGUGCCCGCACAGUUUUCAGCUGGGGCCUGCCCGCCUGUGCCGCAUGCACAAGCACACACAGGCACCCUUUUCCCACCCCACUCCGCACUCCUGUCUACCUACCUGUGGAGAAGGCCGGAGGGCAGUGGGCCCGCCAGGAUCUCCCGCUUCUGCCCCACACCCUGCCGCCGUGGAAAGCCAUGGGCCCCUUCCCGCCCCCAUAACUAAGCAGCACAAUAACCGACUUAGAGAAUUCAGGUAGAAGGAACGUUUAGGUAGCACCUAUUUUGUACUGAUUCUACAAGUAGGGCCCGAGGUGCGGGGCCCUCGGGUGGGGGCUGUGGCUGCCGGCCCGCCCCGCCCCCACCCCCGCCUGUGCCCCGCCGCCUUGUAUAUAUUCCCGCCCGGAACAGGCCGGGAUUUUUACUCGGGCCGCGCCCCUCUUCCGCCCCCGUUUGGGGCCGGGCCGGCUGGACAGACGGACGGACGGACAGACCUCCUUCCUAAGCACAAUAGCACCAGCUCCCCGGAGCGCCGCACCUCCACGAGGAGAAUAAAUGCCACUCUUGAUAGAA